GUGCAGUCAUUUGUGCACAGAUCCGAGCCCUGUGCCAUCGAGCGGUUUGUCAAGCAGGCUGUGGAAUCCACGAACCAGGCGGUCCUCAAGGAGAGCCGGGCUGUGGGUGAGGAGGAGAUUCGAGUGCAGAUCCAGGACCGCGCAGAGACGCUGAGGCAGCAGCGGCUGGCCGCAGCGGCUGCGCAGGGUUCGCUCUCAGGCCCGCCGACAGAACGCGCAGACAGCCUUGCGAAGCGAGAGCUGGACCUGUUGGACGAGCCACGUGCUCCUGCUGCAGCAAGUAUGGCGGAGGCCAUUCCCCCGACCGCCUUUCAAGCGGAGGAGGCCGAGGCCCCACGCAGAGGCCGAGGUGCGCGAGGAGGCCGAGGUAGCCGAGGAGGACGAGGCCGUGGCUCCAAGCGGUCGCAAGACGACUUCGACCUGGCACCAACCCCGGCAAAGCAGCCGCGAAUCGCUCGUGGCGAUGCGCGUGUGGCUGCUUCCCAAGCUUCACCCCAAGCAUCCCAGGCGCCACCCGCCCCGCCUUGUGCGCCCACCGCAGCUCAAGCCUCCACAGCCACAGUGCCGCCCGCAGCGGCCACGCCCUUCCUACCGAGAAGGGCCGGGGCAGUGGCAGACGCUGCCGAGAGCUUCCUCGGGGCAUCCCAGCAUGUGUCUCAGGCCCAACUCCAACCCCCUCCCAAGAGACAGUGGGCCCUGAAAAAAGGGUCCUAG